AUGAGUGCGGCGUCGACAAAUCUAACCGCUGAAGGCGCACAUCCUCUGCUAUAUGCUCGUCUUCAACCCAUCGACGUAUCUCCCAACGUGCCGCGCAUCGACCUGCACAAGCCGAAGAGGUCUUACAGUGUCGGACGCAGUCCAGAAAGUGACAUUGUUUUGUCCUCUCAAGCUUUUGAUUGGGUGGUAUGUGAACUCCAAUGGGAUGGGCGUGACGAAGUGCGCGUUGUAGACAGGUUAUCUACAAAUGGGGUCUGGGUGAAUCGACGACGUAUUGCCCCUGGUGCUUCACACGUCUUGCACGAUGGCGAUACUGUCUUCUUCUCUUUGUGCAGUUCGUCAGGCUCAGUAGCCAGCGACGAGCAUCCACCCCGCUACCGACCCGGCGCGAACUUUGCGUACACCUAUCAUCAAUACACACACCGCUCACCACCGCUAUCAUCUGCCGAUCAGAGUGUUUGGAUCCGUCUUAAUGAGUUGGAACUCUCGUGUCAGCGUCUUGAAGAUGAGCUCGAGAACCUCAGGCGCGAGAAAGAAGCGGUUUUACUGGCCCAACGAUCGAUCAUCGAUGGUCUGCCUGAACCCCCGUUGAUAGCGCGUCCCAACACGGCAGAUAAUCUGCAAUGGACCUGGGAUCAUUGGAAUGAUAUCCGAACGCGCCAGGGACCCUCGGUCGUCCUUCCCGAGGACUUCCGCGAGCUGCUUCGCCCGAAUACGGACAACGUCGCGUAUGAUGACUUAUGGCGAGAGAAGUAUCAGACGUUCAAGUUCGAGUUGCCCUCACCUCUCACCUGGGGUAUCUUCUUGGAUGACUCGGUCGAAGCAUAUCACCGCUCUGGUUGGCCCGACUGGAAUGAUCCAGAUUUAGUUUGGACAGGGAACCAAACGCUAGAUCAGAGCCGACCCUUGACGAUUCCUCCGUCUAUCAUCUACUGGUCCGCGCAAUACACACGUCCCGUGUAUGCGCAUCCACGCUUUGAUCCUAAAUCCACGCGCAUCUAUGCACGCCCGUAUGCGCUCAGCUCAGAUGGGUUCAGCGAUCUAUCUGCCGCACGACAGCGUCGAGACCUUGGGCUACCGGCGUUGGAGGACCCUCCGAUCGUUCGUCCGCGCCGGGUUCUCUACAGCCUCAAAUGCGAUGUGUGUCCGGAUGAGGAUGUAUUGGCAGCCAAGGUCGCAUCUUUGCUAUCGACACUUCGGCCCGAUGACGAGAUGUUGGAGACGGUCCAUGGUCCGCAAAAAGAGAGAGACGGAUAUGUCGUCGAUCUCAACGAUCCCAAGCGGCGCAAACGCAUCCUGGACGACGACAGCGACAGUGACGACAGUGACAUCUCCACAUUGGCAUCGCUACCGCUUUUGCGCUCCCCCGUUUUAGGGCACGAGAGUACCCACGGCGCCUCUGUUUCCAGCUCCAAAAGAAGGAAGAUAUCCCCCUCUCCUCCUCAACCCUCCGCGGAAAUAUCACAUGCCUGCCAGCCGGUGGUGGAGGUGAAUGUGCUCAAUACCAGAUGA